GGGAUUUUGGGGCUGGCAUUCUCAGCAUUAGCUCAGCCUCAAGGAGUAGUUGUUCCUUGGUUUGAUGGACUUGUUACUCAGAACCAGAACCUUACUGCUAAUGUUUUUACUCUUGAGCUGUGUGGACCAUCUAUGAAGGAGGGUGCAUAUCACCACUUUGGACGAUUCUUUAUUGGAAAUGCUAGAGGUGGGUGUCCAUCACCAGUUGUGAGCAGCCCCAUCAGACGAGCAUGGUUUUAUGAAGUAUUAGUGGUGGCAGUAGGUGUUGGGGACAGAGUGCUGAACUUGCCUUGUGCCAAGUACAAUACAGACAAGAGCAUUGUGGACUCAGGAACAUCUAAUCUGCGAUUACCCUCUCAGGUAUUCAAGUUGGUAGUGGCAGAAUUACAGCAGCAAGUUUCAAAAUUGGUGCCACCACUCUCACAGGACUUUUGGUCAGGAAGUGAAGAGGUGUGUUGGUCACAGGAGAACAAGGAAUGGGAUGCUUUUCCAAAUAUAUCGGUUCACUUGGCCCACAACAACAACUCAGCCUUUACCAUAACAAUCCCACCACAGUCAUAUUUGCGUCCUGCUCCAAAUUCUGUCAGUGACACCACAGAUUGCUGGAUGUUGGGCAUUGAUGAGUCACCAGGAGGCACAGUAUUAGGUGCUGUAGUGCUCGAGGGAUUGUGUGUAACAUUUGACCGUGGUCAGAGUGUAAUUGGUUUCUCUGAGUCACGUUGUGGUCCAACCAUUACUCUAGGAGAGAUCUACAACUUGUCAGAUGUGAAGUCAUGUGUAUAUGUGCCAAGUGUAGCAGACGGACUAACACUAGCAUCUUAUGUAAUGGUUGCAUUCCUUGGACUGCUGUCACUGCCUCUAGUACUAGCAGCAUUAAGGUGGACAUUGAGAUCCGUCAUUCAACCACGUUUGAACCGUGAGGUACCAUUCCUUACCUUGGAUGAAACAAACACUUGAAUGUUCACUUGACACUGUGAAUUAAGCCAUAAUUGCAUAAUCAUGGAACUUGUUUCAGUGAGUAUUCAACACACUUAAAGUAUCAGGAACUGCCACUUAUAGUGCUGACAAAUGUUGACCUCAGGCUUGUAUUCAUAAUUUAUUGUGAUUCUUGAUGUAUAAAAAGCUAUAAUUUU